AUGGCUCCCUGGCAGCUUCACGCUCUCUCCGUGGCUCUGCUCUGGGGCUGCGUGGCCUCUUCCUCCUCCUCCUCCUCCUCCCACCCCACAGUUGCUCCCCCACAAGAUCUUCAGAUCACUGAUCCUGGACUUCUAGGUUCUCUCGAUGUAGAGUGGAAACCUCCACCCAACAUACAAACCUUCAGUGAAUGCACAGUGAAAUACAAGUUUGAAUACAGAAACACUGGGGACAGAGACUGGAAGGUUAUUUUUACUAGGAAGCUAAAAUUCAGAGUUGGAUUUGACCUCAGCAGGACUGCUGAAGUGAAGGUACAGACAUUGCUGGAAGGACAGUGUACUGACAACGUGGAGGUGCAGAGUGACUGGGUUUAUGCUACCUUUCAGAUCCCACUGCAAGGGAAGCUGGAAUCAGAGGUUCAGAAUUUCCACUGCAUCUAUCAUGACUGGGAAUACCUCAAGUGCACUUGGCAACCAGGUCUUCUCGCUCCUCGUGGUGUACAUUAUGGGCUGUAUUAUUGGUAUGAGGGGCUGGACCACGCAGCCCAGUGUGAUGACUAUAUUCAGGACCACGGGAUAAACAUUGGCUGCAUGUUGCAAAAUCUGAGCCAGGCAGAAUAUAAGGACCUGAGCAUCUGUGUCAACGGGUCAGCAGCAGCCACCGUGUUACGGCCGCUCUAUGUCACCCUGCGCCUUCACAACCUAGCAAAACCCUCACCCCCGAAGCAGCUGGUGGUUUCCAUGUCUGCAGCAGAGGAGCUCCAGGUGGCUUGGAGCCCACCAGGUGGUGAAACACCUCCCCAGUGCCUGGAGUACGAGGUUCAGCUGGCAGAAGAUCAUGGGGAGGCCGAGGCUGCCUGGGUGUCUGUGCCAACCCAACUGGAGACUUCUCUAACAAUUUCCAGGGAAAACCAAAGCCAGGUUUCAUGUGUUCGAGUCAGAGGGAGAACAAACAUUGUCUGUGCUGACCAGGGCUUUUGGAGUGAAUGGACACAGGAAUGUUUCUCUGUGUCCAGAAAAGAGGACCAGCAGCUACUUAUCCUCAUUCCAGUCAUCCUGAGUUUGUCAAGUAGCCUCUUAAUAUUUAUGUUGAUUGGCCAGUGCAAGAAAAGAUCCCCAGCAGGAAAGCCAGUGCAUGCAUUGGCAGGAUGCUAA